AUGAAUCCACCCAGCUCUCUACCGGAAGCUGUAAAAGAGGAAUUGUAUUCGAUAGAUGAUGCACUCGGCGAGCUGUUUGACAGGUUGCUAGACAUUCUCGCAGACACGGACCAGUUCGGGCGCCAGGCAAGCGCAAGCAUCUUUAUCGUAUACGCACACGACAGCGAUAUAGCGGGAAAUGCUGGGGCGCAGUGCGUGCGAAGCCUCAUCAAGUGGCUCCUUGUAAUACGGUCUCGGCUUCUGUCUGACAAGUCACCACUGAGAUGGCCUCGAGAAGGGGGAAUUGCCGUCGCUCAAAACAUUCUUUCCAACCAGUUUUGCCUGUUACCGCGUGGCGGUAUAACCAGCGAUACGGAAGAGGAAAUCACCAGCGUUGACAAGGUCAUACUAUGCGGUUCAAAUGUACUCAAAAAGUAUUAUGAGCACGCCUUCACUGAUUCUUACGUCGACAAUAUUGUGGCAUGUUAUGAGGAGGCACAAAACCGAAACAUGCAGUCAAAAGACAUUCAGGAUAAAAUCCGAACAAUUGUCGAGAGUCAUUGCAAUAGCGAUGGAUUCCACCAUGUGCUUACCGAACUUGCAUUCCUCAAAAUCAGACGUUCCGCUUCUCCUGGAGACAAGGGCAAUAUCAUUCCUGUCACACUUGGUGGAGAUGGGAUGAAAUAUUUAUCAUUCAUCGAUAAAUGCGAUCUGUUCCUGAAGCUCGACUCCUCUCAAGGACUGGCUUCGCAGCACAAGCUGUUCUUUAAGCUCCUUCGGCAGUUGUAUACAAGCUCGCACGCACAUAAAGUCGUCGAUGCGUUUCAUGAAUGCUAUACAAAUGCCAAUGAGCGCUUGAGGGGGGAGAAGACAAUAACACAAAAGACGUUCAGGAAAAUUGCGUACGCGGAGAUUUUUAAGGCCCAAAAUGUUGUGCUGAAGGUUUUCAAGACUGCAGUCCGUGAUGAAGAGUGGAUUCUGAGAGAGUGGCAGCAGCGAACUAAGAGUGCUCUCUCUCAACGCGACGAGAUCAUUGAUUGGCUCCCAAAAUUCCACGACGUUACAGAUACCCACAGAGACAACUUGCAACAACGACAAGGUCAAACAGGAACCUGGAUACUGGAACAUGAGAAAUACCAGAAAUGGAAGGAAUCCGAGCCAGCAAGCUCUUCGGGAUCGGCCGAGCAACUCGAAGCUAAUAGACUUUGGUGUAACGGCAAGCCUGGUGCCGGCAAGACAAUUAUUAGAGAGGAUCAGACGGCCUCGAGCCUGAUGCUGAGCUUGGUUGCGCAGCUUGCUCACCAGCAUUACCGGCUUUCGCCAAAUCUCACCACUGUUGCGGGGACGUAUAGAAACAGAAAGCCACCGGUGGCUCCCAAUUUGAUUGAAUGCGAGGAAAUGCUCGACGACGAGGUGCGCCAGUUUCAAAAGGUGUUUUUCGUUGUGGACGCUUUGGACGAGCGUCUCGAUAACGAUUAUGCCUAUCAGUUGCUGAGCAUCCUUCAAAAGACCAAGGCCAUUGUGCUCAUCACAUCUAGGGACGUGGGGUCGAUCGGAUAUUUUCUCGCAGGCGCAGAUUCUAUUCGGAUCAUGGCAAAACCGGAUGAUGUGAGGGCCUAUCUCAACUCCCGUUGCAUGGAACCACAGGCCUACAGACUUCGCCAAACCCUGCAAAAAAGCUUUAUUCACCAAUCGUAUAUUGUAGAAGAAAUCGUCUCAAAGGCGGAUGGAAUGUUUCUACUCCCUCAAAUGCACAUGAAUCUUCUCAUCAAUAAAGUAAAGCAUUACCCAACCGCAUUUACACUCAAGAGGGCUCUAUGCAUGUUGCCUCCUGAAUUACACAAAACGUAUGACAAAUACAUAGAGAGGAUUCUCCAAAGCGACUCGGUCGAACAUGCAAGCGAUGUCCUUUCCUGGAUCCUUUUUGCAAGGCAACACGUCGGCAUAAAAGUGAUUCAGGAGGCAAUCUCACUGCAACACUGCGGCCGGAUCGAUAACCUGAUCGACCGUAACGACCUGCUCGGAUACUGCAUCGGUCUCAUCAUGGAGAAAGAUCCAUCAGGGGAGACUGUAGCGUUUGUACAUCCGGACAUGGAACGGUAUUUUCGCGACCCCACAACUAGCGACAAGAUCAAGGCCUGGUUUCCAAACGGCCAACAACGCAUUGCGGACUCGUGCCUCCAAUCCCUGCUUUUGGACCCGGAGGCUCAAGCCGACUCCCCAUUGUGGAGCUAUGCCGCCAAAUACUGGGGUCACCAUAUCGAGGACAAAUAUACAGAGCUCAAGCCUUUGAUUUCAGAGUACUUGUCACAGUCUGACAAGGUCAGUCGUGCCAUGAGAUACGCGAUGCAGCACCUGGGGCUAGUACUCAGGGUCGAGAUCUUCAAAUUUGGCCAAGCAGGGUUCGACUAUCUGUGCCAACAUCCGAUUCCCUUGACAUGCUACGGAUGCCACGCUGCAGCUUUUUUUGGAAUCCAGGAGCACUUUUGGGCAGCGGAACAGCGUGAGAUUGGCUGUACAGACAGCAAUGGCUGGACUCCUAUUUGGUGGGUUAUACUGGGUGGAUAG